UCCCGCGCGCUUUCCACGUGUUCCCAACGCGGAACUGCCACGUGUACACCGUAACUGGGCCUUUUGUCUCUCUCAAGCGUCUGCAGGGCCGACCUUCCUUCAAACUCUUCCUGUAAAGAAGAAAGCAGAAGAAGCUGCUCGUCUUCCAAAUUUUUUUUUUCUUUAUUCCAUUGAUGCCCCUAUCCUCUUUCCUUUUCCUUCCUCUCUGUUCUCAUUCUCGUUUCGUCUGAUGGAAGCUCUGCAAAUCGCUGCUGGCAAGACCUCUGCUGGUAUUGCUCAGUCUUCUCCUCCUUCCAGAUCGCGUCUGACGAAUUCGCGCGUCGGACGUUUGACUCUGCCUCUCUCGAUCAGACGCAACGAAGGCGGUUUUUUGUGUGUGAGGAGGAGAUGUGUGAAGAAGGGCAGGGACGAAGGCGUUGGUGGCGGUUUCCGAAGCUCCCAAGACAGGUCUGCUGCCAUUGAAGAGAGGGAGGGCUCGGAGGUUAUUUUUGGGAAAGAGAAGGAUUCUUCUGUCAUUGGAUUUCAGCAGGUUGAUCUUGCUGGCAACAAGGAAGCUGUUGACUUUACUACCAAGGCAGUCACUGCUAGAGAAGAAGAAGGAGAAGAAAAGGGUGGUGAAGAGGAGGGGAAAUCUGAAACUAGAAUAACACAUAAUAUUGUCUUUGUUACUGCUGAAGCUGCUCCAUAUUCAAAAACAGGAGGUCUUGGAGAUGUUUGUGGUUCUUUGCCUAUUGCCCUUGCGGCCCGUGGUCAUCGUGUGAUGGUAAUAUCUCCGAGAUAUUUGAAUGGAGUUUCAGAUGAUGUUCUAGCUGGUGCAUCGGAUGUCGGAUGUUGCAUCAAGACUUUUUGCUUUGGAGGAGAGCAGGAAGUUUCAUUUUUCCACGAGUAUAGAGCAGGUGUUGAUUGGGUAUUUGUUGAUCAUGCUUGUUACCAGAGACCUGGAAAUCCGUAUGGUGAUUCCUUUGGUGCUUUUGGUGACAAUCAGUUUCGGUUCACACUACUUUGCCAUGCAGCAUGUGAGGCUCCUUUGGUUCUUCCAUUGGGCGGGUUUACCUAUGGCGAGAAGUGUUUGUUCCUUGUUAACGAUUGGCAUGCAAGUCUUGUACCAGUGCUUUUGGCAGCUAAAUAUCGCCCACAUGGUGUUUAUCAAGAUGCCCGUAGCAUUCUCAUCAUACAUAACCUUGCACAUCAGGGAGUUGAGCCAGGAACAACCUAUAUGAAUUUGGGGUUGCCACCUGAGUGGUAUGGGGCCCUGGAAUGGGUAUUUCCCACAUGGGCGAGAAAACACGCUCUUGACAAAGGUGAAGCUGUCAAUGCUCUGAAGGGUGCAGUUGUGACAGCUGAUCGGAUACUGACUGUUAGCCAGGGUUAUUCAUGGGAAAUAACGACUAGUGAAGGUGGAUAUGGUCUUCAUGAGCUCCUAGCUAGCCGAAAGAGUGUCCUGAAUGGAAUUACCAAUGGCAUCGAUGUUGAUGAAUGGGACCCGGCUUCAGAUAAAUAUAUACCAUUCCAUUACUCUGUCAGUGACCAAUCUGGGAAGGUUAAAUGCAAGACUGCUUUACAGAAAGAAUUGGGGUUGGACGUCAGGCCUGAUUGUCCGAUGAUUGGAUUCAUUGGAAGGCUAGACUACCAGAAGGGCAUUGAUCUGAUUAGAUUGGCGCUUCCGGAGCUUAUGCAAGAAGAUGUCCAAUUUGUUAUGCUUGGAUCUGGGGACCCAGAGAUUGAAGAAUGGAUGAGAUCAGCGGAAUAUCUCUAUAAAGACAAGUUCCGGGGAUGGGUUGGAUUUAAUGUUCCCAUUUCACACAGGAUAACUGCAGGAUGCGACAUACUGUUGAUGCCCUCAAGAUUUGAACCUUGUGGACUAAAUCAGCUGUAUGCGAUGAGAUACGGAACUGUUCCUGUCGUGCAUUGCACUGGUGGCCUUAGAGAUACAGUUGAGAAUUUCAGUCCAUAUGCUGAUGAUGGUAGAGGUCAGGGAACAGGGUGGACCUUUUCUCCACUAACAAUGGAGAGCAUGUUGGUGGCGUUGCAGGUUGCCAUUCAGACAUAUAGAGAGCACAAGUCUUCUUGGGAAGGACUGAUGAAGAGAGGGAUGACUAGAGAAUACACCUGGGACAAAGCUGCUGUCCAGUACGAGCAGGUCUUCGAAUGGGCCUUCACUGAUCUUCCGUAUGUCAGAUAAGUUAUAAGAAUCUUGCCCAAUUUUCAUUUUCUGUUGUUCAUAAGCUUCAGUUAUUUUUACACUUCUUAAUCAAAUGAGUUGAAAUUAUUAAGGUUAUGAUAUGCUUUGAUGAUGGCUAUUUUUUAAUUGCCAUUGGCAAUUGGUUGAAAAAUAAACUGGUGCAACCAUGAAAUAUAUGUAUUAGAUCACAGAGAAAAUUUUCUGUUUGUCCUUGA